AUGUCUGUUGCCUCCGCUGGUAGUCGCCUUGUAUUUAUUGUUAUUGCCAAUGCCGUGGGCAGGCUACUAACUGGUCAGUCAAGCCUCUUCAACAGUUCACACCAUGUACUUGUAGGGCUGGGCAUAGGAAGUACCCAAAGCACUACAUUCGUGCAUCUUGCCCUGGCUUUGGAGGCAAAAUAUAUUGCUGUUGCUGAAACGACAUGGUUUCUCUGCCAGAGCGCUAAUAUGCUAGUUGCAGCAAAUAUCUUCAAUAUGAUACACAACCUUGCUCUGACAGGCAUAUUGAAAUGCUCUUUAGAAGGUGUCAGGAACAAAAUAGAGAUGAAAUUUAGGAUACAUCAAGGGUCUCCCCAAACACCUAGGACAGACUAUGACUACAACGGUGGCCCAAAGUCUUGUUCCCACAAAUGGUCCGUAUUCUUCUGUUCAACAUCGACGUCCAAGGUUUAUAGAUUGAAGCUAACUGUAGAGACUGGAAUUGCUUUGGGAUGCCAGAGUGGCCGCUUUGACUAUUACGCUAUUAAUCCGAGAAUACCGACUUGA